AGGCUAUCUGCAGCUCUGCAGCACAAGUUUAAUCCCCUGCGGGCCAGCCAACUGAGGAGCUGCCCACGGGGCACAGCAGACCUCCUCUGUCUAGCCCGCUGCUCCCCUCAGCAUUGGACUUUUGGACUUUUGGAAGUAAGCCUUGCUUUGGGGUUUGGCCAUGCUUAGUUUCAGUUUCCUUUUCUCUGUAUCGGAAGCCUCAAGAUUGCUGAGUUUUUGUCCCCAUUUUGUGCCUGGCUUGCUGUCCAGAAAGAGCAACUGCUUCAGUUCCAGCCCUUGCACGAAUUCAGCAAACAGAUUGAGAAGUAUGGCAGUGACAACUUGUCUGACAUGGACACAAGAAAAGAGACUGCAAAAUUAUUUUGGAGGAAAACAGUUUAGUCUUCUUUAUAAGGCUACCUGCCAAGGAUUCUAUCAUCAUGGUUUGUUUGAUAAAUGCUAUGACCAAGGACCUGCUUUAAUAGUAGUUUAUAGUGGAGAUCAUGUUAUUGGGGCAUAUAUGCCUGUGGGCUUGAAGAAUGAAAGGGUGCCCAUCAUCGCUUUUGCCUUACAAGAGACUGAAAUUUCAGAAUGCAAAAUAGGAUCACAUUUUUUCUCCAAUUCGUGUAGGAAUAUAGGUCCCAGUGAAUUCAACAUAGAUUUAUCAAACAAGAAGGUGAAUAUGCACGCAGAAACAAUUAAAAAACUUGGACUUCCUCAAUGUAAUGCUAUUUCUAUCGAGGAGUGUGAGGCUUUUCGACUUGAAGAUAUAUUAAGUGAAAGAAGAAUGAAAUAUGUCACUGAGCUCAGGAAGCAGUUAUUGUCUGAGAUAAGAACUUACAAGCCAUAUGGAAAUCUGGUUCACCAAGCACGAAUUCUGCUGCUGGGUCCUACCGGAGCUGGGAAGUCUAGCUUCAUCAACUCAGUGAAGUCUAUUUUCCGAGGUCAUGUAACCCAGCAGGUUUUGGUGGGCUCUGAUCCAGGUGGGACAUCAAAGAAGUACAGGACAUAUUCCAUUAAGGAUGGAGAGGAUGGCAACCUCCUGCCAUUUAUGCUGUGCGACUCAUUGGGGCUGGGUGAGGAAGGGGAAGGACUGUGUACGGAUGACAUAGUCUCCAUCUUAAAAGGCCAUAUUCCUGACAGAUACCAGUUUAUUCCCACGAAACCAAUUGCACCAGGUCAUGGUGACUAUAUUAACAACCCUUCAUUGAAGGACAGAAUCCACUGUGUGGCAUUUGUGUUAGAUGCCAAGUCUGUUGAACACCUGUCUCAUGAGAUGACAGCAAAGAUUAAACAAAUUCGAAGUGACAUGAUAAAGUAUGGUGUGGUACAUUUGGCUUUGCUCACUAAUGUGGAUAACUUGGAUCUGAUUACAGAGAAUGACCUUGUAGACAUACAGAAAUGUGUGCCUGUGAAAUCUAAGGUACAAGCAGUCCACAGAGUACUUGGAUUUGCUCUUUCUGACAUCUUGGUGGUUAGUAAUUAUUCCUCAACGUGGGAGCUGGACUCUGUAAGAGAUGUUCUGAUCCUCUCUGUGUUGAGAGAGAUGCUGUGGGCUGCAGAUGACUACUUAGAGGAUUUGCCUUGUGAAUUUGUAGAAAUUUGAAGAAAGUAUCAGCCACGUGGCUAGUGGCUGUUCCUACUAUUCCCUCUUGACUGUAGCAUGGUCUGUGCUAGGGAGAGGCACAUGCCUUUUAUAUGUAUGGGUUCAGAAUUUAGCAUUACCUGUAUUGUUUGUUGUCAACCUGUGUACAACACAUACAGCUACAUUCUCAAAAUAAGACUACAGUGGAUCUAACUUGAGGUUAUAUGUCUUCCUCCAGUAGCAAUCACUUUAUCCAAAAGUAAAAGGAAAUAUGAUCAGCUUAUCAUGGAUUAUACCUAUCCAGGGAGAGUGAUUUAUUAUUAAGAGAAGGGAAUUAAUCAGUGUCAGGUCCAUUGUUGAUAUGACUGAGAUGGAGAGACAACGGUAUGUACCUUAUAGAUUGGGAAGAUUUUUAAAAAAUUAAUUCUGUAUUUAUAUUAUGAAGUUUGAUAAAGAAAAUUAAAAUAGUUACUAAUCUAAAAUAUUUACUAACCUAAGUAAUUACUAACCUAAAAUAGUUAACAAUAAAAUUUUAAAAGAUUUUUGUUAAAGUGCAGUGUAUAAAUAAAACAUAGAUUGUCAAUAUGUAUAUGGGUCAAUACAUUUUGACAAAUUGAACAAGCUAGAAGUAGAACUCAAACAAGAAACAACAUCAUCAGCAUCCUGAAGUCUUCUUUAUGCCGCAGUCUAGUUAUUGUUUAGGAAAUCCAAUAUAUUGAUAUCUGAUUACAUAGAUUAUUCUUGACUGUUCUUAUCCCUUAUAUAUCAUUAAUCAUUAACCAUUAAUAUCAUUAUAUAUCCCUUAUAUAUCAAAUAUGGUACUAUUUGUUCUUUUGGAUUUUACUUUCAUUUGGUAAUGCAUUUGCUGAUUUAUAUUAUUGAAAUAAAGAUUACUUAUUCUCAUUUUUCUUAUUGAUGGACAUUUAGAUAGUUUCUAUUUGGGAGCUUUAAUCAAUGGCACUGCACUAAAUAUUCUGGAACAUGCCUUUUGGGGAAAUAUGGAAACAUUUCUGUUGGGUAUAUAUCUAGAACUGAGUUGUUGUGUCAUAGAGUAUGUGUAUGCUUAGCUUUCAUAGUAUUACCUUUAUGUUUAAAGGAACUUUGAAAAAUUUUGGUUGCAUUUAAAAAUGUAAUGAAUUAAAC